CCACCGUCCAGCUUCGGUCCUUCAGAAGACUCGACAGUGAUUCAUGGCCAACGCAUCCCCAGGGCAAGGAUGUGGAGCGCUCAUCGGCGAGUCGAUGAGCAAGACACAGCGCUGAUCGCCGCCUCAGCCCCGGACGAGAAAGAUGAGGAGUGGAGAGAGACUUCGCUCACGCCCUCUUCAACCUCCUCGUCGGACGGGGUGAGCGACGACGAGAUGGUGUGUCUAUCAACAGGGCGAAGGAGGCGCCGAGGGCAAGGCAGGGGUGCAGCACAAGCUGGCGGCAGAUCGCGAGGAAACGUAAACGGAACAGGAUUGCCGAAGGGAAGACCGAGAAAGUACCCGUCCGCAGUCAAGACGGAUAAGAUCAUCGCGAUGGUAGAGCUCGAGAGCAAAGGAGACAGUGGAGGCGAGCAAGCGAAGGGAGACGUGAUCAUCGUGGAGGAAUGGAGCGAUGACGGCCUGUCCACACCACCAUUACCCGGUGACUCACGUCGUACCGUCAAGGUCAAAGUAGAGGACGGAGAAGACCACAGGAGAGACGAGGGGGCAGCUGCUGAAGAGGCAAGACUGGAAGACAUUGCAGCGCGAGAAGAAGACGGGGCACGAGUCGAAGACAGAUGGCAAAAAGAACGUCGCAGGGCGGAGGAGGAAAGGCGGGAGAGAUUAAAGAGGGAACAGGAGGAAGAGGAAGCUCUUUUGCGGGAAGAGCAAAAGAUGCUCGAGCAGCUCUUGUCGGAAGGAGACGAUGGUGAUCUUUCUGUCUGCUCAGAUGACGACGACUACUAUGAAAGAAAGCGCCAGGAGCGUCUUCGGAGGAACGCCAAGAUGCUCGCCUUCUUGAAUGAGGACUUGCCACCCUCUUUACCGCAGACGGAAAGGCCCACCUCCCGAGUCCAAGCGUCCAAAGGCCGGGUCCAUUCAUUCAGAACCUUUAAAGAUGGGACCACGACUGCGAUUCCUAGAGCUGGACAGACGUUCGAGCUAGCAUACAUUGCUAUCCCUGUCCUCCGAGAACGCAGUCGCUCUUCUUACAUUCAUUGGCACGACCCCUUACCGGAACCAGACGAGGGUCACAAGCCCACAAAGAAGGCAAUCUCACCCGAACCAGCCAAAGGCGUCUCGCCAGGACCACCCAGAGGUUUUCGAAAGGGCCCUGCCGGAGACGGUCUCGAUGGCGAUGGGACGAGCUGCCACCAGUGCCGCCGAAAGACACUGGACGAAAAGAUGCGAUGCCGAAACCACGAGAAUGGCCAGGUGUGUCCACUCUUCUACUGCAGGCGAUGCCUCCGGAAGCGCUAUGGGAUCGUCGAUGAGUGGGAUCCAGAGUCUCGAGAUUGGACGUGCCCUCGGUGCCUUGCCUACUGCAACUGCUCGUGAGUCCAUCAGGUACUGAUACGGUUCAGGUCUGAAAGUCACAAUGCUGAAUUGAACCCCUCUCGAAUAAGCUUGUGCCUGUUGCGCGCUGGCCUCGGUCAUUACAUCCGACCAAACCAGUUCAAUAGCAUCUUCGAUGACGACGGUCGUCAGAAGUUCCCGAGUGUCAAGCACUUUCUCGACAGCCUCUCUCCCGACGGCGCCCUCAAGAUUGGCCCUGGAGGGAUCUGCGCAGCGGAUUCAAGCAGGAAACGGAAAGGGAAGCCAAAGAAGCCCGAGCCAGCAACAGAUACCCAAGCCGAGCGGGAAGACGACAACGACGGCGCUAUUGUGGAGAAGCUGGCCGGAAGCCGAGGUCG